AUGGUUGUGCACUUACAAAAGCGGCACGAAGAUAAAUUUGCUGUUAGUAAAAAUAAUCAUACUACAAUUCUUCAACCAUAUAUACCAUUUGACAAACUUAUGUUUAGACAAAAAAAAGAAAAAAAUUAUGAAGAUAGUAUACGUACUGGUUACGGUCUUACUGUGAAAAAAUUUACAUACGGAGAAGAUAUCUUAACAGAAAACGGCGUUGAAUACAGAAAAUUUCCAUUUUUAGAAAAAAAGAACAAUACUUUGUAUAAGUGCGACUUUGAAACGUAUAUUCCAUUCAACCCAAGAACAUUUUUUCAAGAGAACGUGGGCAGUGAAAAUCAACGCGUAUCAGACAGAAAAAUAAUUUUAUGGUGGCAGACGAAAAAGAAGCAACCCCUUAUGCAAGGUUUAAAUACAUUGAGAGGCUGUCCUGAGUUUCCAUGUGUGAUAACUACAAACAGAAAUUAUACAGAAGACAGUAGUGUCAUGAUAGUAAAUGUCCAGUUUGUGGACAAAGAGAAGCCCCCAAAACGACGACCUGACCAAGUCCUGGUGUUUUAUCAAGUCGAGUCCUCCAACAUCCACACCUUCUGGCACCACGGCGACAUCAUAUCCAAAGACCAGUCCUGGAACUCGGCCUUUAACUGGACCAUGUCCUUCAGGACCGACUCCGAUGUCCCCGUCUCGUACGGUCUCGUUAGGAAGCGGUUAUAUCCCAUAGUAAAAGAUUAUGAAAGUAUAUUGAGAAACAAAACUGGAAUCGUGGCUUGGAUGUCAUCUAACUGUAAAUCGGACUCUAAAAGAGAAAAUUACGUUAAAGAAUUGCAAAAAUACAUACCUGUGGAUGUUUUUGGCAUUUGUGGUGGUAAAUAUUGUCCCCGAUCAAGAGAUGCCAAGUGUCUUGAAGAUAUAUAUAAAAAGUACAAAUUCUACCUCGGGUUCGAGAGUUCUCUGUGUAGAGAUUACAUAACGGAAAAACUGUUCCGGUUCCUCAACACGGACAUGAUUGUUAUUGCCCGGGGAGGGGAGGGCUACUCUCAAGUGUUACCCUCGGAAAUUUAUUUAAACACGAAUAAUUUUAAAUCACCCAAAGAACUUGCGGAGAGAAUUAUGUAUUUAAACUCACACGAUGAAGAGUAUAUCAACAUGUUGAAAGGAAAAGACAAAUAUUUUGUUCUAUUUGAAGACUAUCCUCUAAUAUACAAACAAAAACUAGACUAUCCAGAGUAUCGGUAUGAAGCCGUGUCUAUAUGCCAGCUUUGUCAACGUAUCUGGAACAUUGACAAGUACGCCAAGACAAUACCCAACAUGAACGCUUGGUUUAGAAACACAGAAUACCAGUGUCAAAAGCCAAAUGAUAUUUAG